AGUAUAUAUAACUAUUAAUACAAGAUAACCGCUUCCCCUUCAGAUCUAUUGGUAUAUUCCAACAUUAAAACUGGCCAAUAUAUAUGAGAAUUGAGAACUCCAAGUUAUUUAAUCUUCUUGUGAUACACAAUUUCUAGCACAAAUUAGACCUCUUCUUGUGUUACUCUUUAGACACUCCACUAAUCCAACUUAAGUCAUUGUACAAGCACAAAUGGAUUUUCUGCGGUGCUUGCUAUUGGUUAUUAUUCUUCCGUUGUGUUAUUCUAUUGAUGCUGCAUGUUCUAAUGGAAAAUGCAAGCUUGACGAUGAAUGCUCGUCUAACGGUGAUUGUGGAGCCGGACUCUAUUGUUUCUCGUGCCCACAUGGCUUUUCAGGCUCUAGGUGUGUGAGAUCUUCCAUCACAGAUCAAUUCAAGCUCAUAAAUGACUCUCUGCCAUUCAACAAGUAUGCAUUUUUGACAACACACAAUGCUUUUGCCAUCAAUGGAGAACCAUCUCACACAGGAGUGCGUCGAGCUACCCUCAGUAAUCAAGAAGACAGUGUAACACAGCAGCUAAAAAAUGGAGUUCGGGGACUAAUGCUAGAUACAUAUGAUUUUGAUGGAGAUGUGUGGUUAUGCCAUUCAUUUCGAGGCCACUGUCAUGACUUCACAGCUUUUGAACCAGCCAUAGAUACACUGAAGGAAAUUGCAGCUUUUCUAUCCUCCAACCCGAAAGAAAUUGUCACACUCAUAUUGGAAGAUUAUGUUGAAGCACCAAAAGGAUUGACAAAAGUUUUCACUGAUGCUGGUUUGGUGAAGUUUUGGUUUCCUGUGACUAGAAUGCCUAAAAAUGGAGGAGAUUGGCCUCUAGUGAGCGAUAUGGUUGCUAAAAAUCAAAGAUUGCUACUGUUCACUUCAGUCAGUUCUAAGGAAAAAAGUGAAGGCAUUGCAUACCAGUGGAAUUACAUGGUUGAAAAUCAGUUUGGGGAUAAAGGAAGGAAAGCACUCAAAGAAGGAAGCUGUCCAAAUAGAAAAGAAUCUUCUCCUCUUGACGACAAGAGCAAGUCCUUGGUGUUGGUAAACUAUUUUCGCACUAUUCCUCUGAAGCCAAUCUCAUGUGAAGAUAACUCUGGAGGUCUCAUUGAAAUGCUACAAACCUGUCACCGUGCUGCCGGCAACAGGUGGGCUAAUUUUGUUGCUGUUGAUUAUUACAAGAGGAGUGAAGGAGGAGGUUCGUUUCAAGCUGUGGACACUCUCAAUGGGAAGCUCUUGUGUGGUUGUAAUGAUGUCCAUGCGUGUGUGCAUGGAUCUACUGCAAAAGCUUGCUCAGCAUAGAAAGCAUAGCGACAAGCACAACAAGCUUCUGGAAAUGUUUAUUAGUUUUUAAACCGUAAUUGCUUGCCUUUAUCCCAGGCUUUCUGGUUCUGGUAUAAAUAUAAAAUCAUUCAAAUACUAUUAUAAGCAGCCACAGUGUUACCAGAUUAUGUUUGAUUCAGAACUAAAAAUGUUACCAGGUUAUAGAAUAUGUUCAAACGUGUAAGCGAAAAUUUUAGGAAAUUUCAAGAGGAAGAUACUUUGUUUUGUCA